CCCAGCAUACGGUAAGACUCCCAGCAAUAGCAUACAACUGUUUCAACUUUGAACCCCAAAAAACAAAACCCACAUCCUUCUCUUCUCUUUCCAUCUUCACUACAGAAUUUGUUUUUGUUUUCCAUAUAAUUGGGAAGAGGGACGAGUUUUUAGAGUGACCUUCUUCCUAUAUACACUCCACACAUUGUGUUGUUGCGAAAACCAUGGAAGGAAUGCUUGAAUUGAAAGACGGCACCGAUAUUGGGUCGUGUCUAUCAAAGCUGAUACUAACGAGUGGCACAAACACCCUUGACUCAAUUUUCUCGAAUUGCCCAACAAACGGCACAAGCAGCAACAACUCUGUUUUGGAAAGCUUUGGGUAUGAGGCAUUGGGCUCUUCCGUGUACCUCCGGCAGAGAGACAUCCUACAGAAGUUCUACCAAGAAAGCCGAGGAAGCGGGUCGUAUGUUGGGAGUUGGAGUUCAUUCAGAAACGGUGUCUAUACGAACACGAACACGAACACGAACACGAACACGAACCCCAUCCCCUGCAAGAAAAAGCUGUACAGGGGAGUGAGGCAGAGGCACUGGGGGAAAUGGGUGGCGGAAAUUAGACUCCCACAGAACAGAAUGCGAGUGUGGUUGGGCACUUACGACACUGCCGAAGCCGCUGCUUAUGCGUACGACCGCGCCGCCUAUAAGCUCCGUGGAGAGUACGCGCGUUUGAACUUCCCCAAUCUGAAGGACCCCACCCAGCUAGGCUUGGGAGAUUCCAGCAGAUUGAAGGCUUUGAAGAGCUCCGUGGACGCCAAAAUUCAAGCCAUAUGCCAAAAGGUGAAGAGGGAGAGAGCCAAAAAGAGUGCCGCCAAGAAGCUUAAUUCCGACUCCCACAAAACCAACACUUGUUCCGCUUCCUCAUCCUCCCCCUCCCCCUUUGAUUGGGCCAACCACCUCUUCUCACCCUCCGUUUCCCACGACGCCAUUUGGAAGGGGGAGAAUUCCACCCACCCAACGGAGUUCCAACCUUGUUCUCUUGCCAGGUUGCCUUCCUUUGACCCCGACUUGAUUUGGGAAGUUCUCGCCGUUUGAAACUUAAAACCCUUUUCUUCUCUUAGCUUGUAUAUCUUCUUUUCUUUUCUUUUCUUUUCUUUGUACCAACUAUGAACCGUGAGACAGGAUUUCUCCUUUCGUUUUCGCCUUCCUUUUUUCCUCCAGGCUCCAGGCUCCAGGCUCCAGGCUCCAGGCUCCAGGCUAUACAUCUAUUUUAAUUUUCCACUUCUUCACCAUCCAUUCAACUUUGCUUCUCUCAGGAUAAGAUAUUUUCCUCACUUGCCUGCGCUUCUAAAUAUUCUGUGCUUGCAUUGCAAAUUCAUCAAAUUCAAACC